UGGCGCACGAAGUGGGCGUGUCCCCUCCCUCUGCACAGAUCGCUGAUCCCCUAUAAGAGGCGUAGUCGGCCCGUGCUCUCCUGUCAUCCCUCUGCUCCGGGUCCCCUCCAGCACACAGCUCAGCCAUGACUCUCACCAGUGACCCCGUCUACCAGAAACUCGCCAAGUUCUACGAAGCCAACCAUGCCAGCCUCAACCUGAGGAAGCUCUUUGAAGCUGACAAGGAAAGGUUUAGCAAGUUCAGCAAGACCCUUGCCACUGGAGAAGGAGACGUUUUGGUGGAUUACUCCAAGAACCUGAUCACUGAAGAUGUGUUCAAGCUGCUCAUAGAACUGGCCCAGUCAAGAGGUGUUGAGGGCGCCAGAAAGCGCAUGUUCUCAGCAGAGAAGAUAAACUUCACUGAGAACCGUGCCGUACUGCACAUCGCUUUGCGCAACCGUUCAAACACUCCUAUACUGGUGGAUGGCAAGGAUGUGAUGCCAGAAGUCAAUGCAGUCUUGGAGAAAAUGAAGACUUUUUGCCAGAAAGUGCGCAGUGGAGACUGGAAGGGUUACACUGGGAAGGCCAUGACUGAUGUGGUGAAUGUUGGAAUUGGUGGCUCUGAUCUGGGUCCAUUGAUGGUCACUGAGGCUCUGAAGCCAUACUCCAAAGGUGGUCCUCGGGUCUGGUUUGUAUCCAACAUUGAUGGUACCCACAUGGCCAAAACCCUAGCAGAACUCAACCCAGAGACCACACUCUUCAUCAUUGCAUCCAAGACUUUUACCACCCAAGAAACAAUCACCAAUGCCGAAACUGCCAAGGAGUGGUUCCUGAAUGCUGCCAAGGAUCCAUCUGCAGUGGCCAAGCACUUUGUUGCCCUCUCUACCAAUGCACCAAAAGUAAAAGACUUUGGAAUUGACACGGCAAAUAUGUUUGAAUUUUGGGAUUGGGUCGGAGGUCGCUAUUCUCUCUGGUCUGCAAUUGGUCUCUCCAUUGCCCUCCAUGUUGGUUUUGACAACUUUGAAAAGCUUCUUGCUGGUGCUCAUUGGAUGGACAAUCAUUUCUACAAUUCACCUCUGGAGAACAACAUCCCAGUCAUUCUGGCUAUGCUGGGAGUCUGGUACAUCAACUUCUACAACUGUGAGACUCAGGCCCUGCUGCCCUAUGACCAGUAUAUGCACCGUUUUGCAGCUUAUUUCCAGCAGGGAGACAUGGAGUCCAAUGGUAAAUACGUCACAAAGACUGGAGCACGUGUCAACUACAACACUGGGCCUGUAGUGUGGGGGGAGCCUGGAACCAAUGGACAGCAUGCUUUCUACCAACUCAUACAUCAGGGCACUCGUAUGAUCCCUUGUGACUUCCUGAUACCUGCACAGACCCAAAAUCCAAUCCGUAACAAGCUUCACCACAAGAUCCUCAUGGCCAACUUCCUAGCCCAGACUGAGGCACUUAUGAAGGGUAAAUCUACAGCAGAGGCAAAGGCUGAGUUGCAAGCAUCUGGACUGUCCGGAGAUGCUCUGGAAAAGCUGCUUCCACACAAGGUAUUUGAAGGAAACAGACCAACAAAUUCUAUACUGUUCACCAAACUUAGCCCCUUCCUCUUGGGAGCUUUAAUCGCGAUGUAUGAACACAAAAUCUUCGUUCAAGGAGUUGUGUGGGACAUCAACAGUUACGACCAGUGGGGUGUUGAACUUGGAAAACAACUGGCCAAGAAGAUUGAGCCUGAACUGGAGUCGGAUGCUUCAGUCACCUCCCAUGACUCCUCUACAAACGGUCUCAUUAAUUUCUACAAGAAGCACCGAAGCUAAACAUGGAUAAAGCAACGAGUACCGCAGCUAUGUGUCUUAUGUCCUCUUUAUAGCUUUCAGCAAAUGGCACUUUCCUGACUGUAGUCUGUCCUUGUAUUUUGUCCUUGAUGUGUCUUAUGGAAAGUAGUCAGUGGGGAAUAGUAUAAAGAUUUGUCCUGUGCACCAUAGAUAUAAUUGCACUGUCCUUAUGGCAGAACACCCACAGCCAUGCUGUUAAGUCACUGGAGCCCAGGCUUGUGGACCUAUGUCUCCCUGACACUUAAGUGUAUGUUCUGUUUUGCACUGCUCUGUGCAAAUAAGUUUGCUGAAUAAACAAUCACAAACUCAA